ACGCACUUGCAAAUGCUAGAAGCCUGUGAGCUCGCAGCUCGGGGAAGGCGCUGAGUGGUGGCCUCUGAGAACCAGCUCGUUCACCUUGGCCUUGCCCACCAGCUCACGGUCAGCCAUGGAGACGCUCUCCCAGGACUCCUUGCUGGAGUGUCAGAUCUGUUUCAAUUACUACAGCCCCCGGCGAAGGCCCAAGCUACUGGAUUGCAAACACACCUGCUGCUCUGUGUGCCUCCAGCAGAUGAGGACGAGCCAGAAGGACGUGAGGUGCCCCUGGUGCCGAGGCAUCACCAAGCUGCCCCCGGGCUUCUCCGUGUCGCAGCUCCCCGACGACCCUGAGGUCCUGGCCGUCAUAGCCAUCCCGCACACUUCCGAGCACACUCCAGUCUUCAUCAAACUUCCCAGCAACGGGUGCUACAUGCUGCCCUUGCCCAUCUCCAAGGAGCGCGCGCUGCUGCCAGGAGACAUGGGCUGCCGCCUGCUGCCCGGGAGCCAGCAGAAGUCUGUCACCGUGGUGACCAUCCCUGCGGAACAGCAGCCUCUGCAGGGCGGGGCGGCCCCCGAGGCGGCGGAGGAGGAGCAGGACCGGCGGGGCGUGGUGAAGAGCUCCACCUGGUCCGGGGUGUGCACGGUCAUCCUGGUGGCCUGCGUCCUGGUCUUCCUGCUGGGCAUCGUGCUCCACAACAUGUCCUGCAUUUCUAAGCGCUUCACUGUGAUAUCCUGCGGCUGAAGGGACCGUGGGGAAGUCUCUGUGGGUGCCAACUUAGGGGUUGAGCAGCUGUUGGUGACGGGAUCCCGGGGAGAAGAAGGGGGGUGACACUGACCAUUUGGUGCCGAGUGCUGGCCUCUGGGUUGUCCCUUGAUUCACCCCAAGACCGACGUGAAGGGCAGAAGGUGAGGUCUCUACAAGACGCCAAGCAAAUUGUUCUGAGUUUUAACGGCCACGGCUUUGAAGAUGAUUGCAUGCCUUCUCAUAAUCAUGUAUCAAAUGGACUGUAAUUUAUGAUUUUCACAAUCAUGUUCCGAGAUAGACGUACUCUACUUAGACGUGAAACUGUCCAAGUGUGCACAAUGUUGAUCUUCUCUAAAUGCGGUAGAUUAAAACAAAGAUGCUGUGUAAACAAGUAGAUUCAAACCUGCGAAUCCGUGUAAAAAUGCAGUGAAGACAUGCAGUCCUGGCUUCUUCACUUUUUUUUUUUUUUUUAAUGAAACCCAAUCUUCAUUUAGUUGCAGAGGCUUUUUAUACGUUUUGAAUGGCACCCAAAUCAGAACAAGUUAAGUGGACAACCGUUUUUUAGAGAAAAUAUUUGAACCAAUGUCUCCAAUGUGUUGUGUUUUGUCCCGCACCUUCAUUUCUCCUCACUUGUAAUUAGAGCUCGCUCCGCGCUUAUUAAACUGAAAGCCCAACAGGGGAGCAAUAAACCUAGAAAUAAUGAGAAAUGCCUAAUCCCACAGGAAACCUGUAUGUAUGCCAGUUUUUCUCAAGCCAUCUCACAGAAUGAGAAUUUCAAAUGUAAAUAUUGUGUAUUUGUGUGUGUGUGUCUAAUUUGAUUUACCUCAGGUGGUUGAGUCUUUGCAGAAGCAUCCCAGGAGUUAAGACUUCACGGCAUGAAUGAAACCAGUGUGGGAAAUGGUGAUCACUGUGUGGACCCCUGGACCCUCCCAGGGAGGAGUCUGCCCCACGUUCCCUCCCAUACCCCAUACUUGCUCUUCUUCCGUGUAUAAAAUCUUGUAUUUUCAAAGACAUACACGGAGGGUAACAGAAUAAUCUGUCUUUUCUCCCCAUUUUAGCGUAUUUUAAUGGCCAUGAGUGUCAUAAACUGCUGGCAGACCCACACGGGCAUUUUAAUAGCCUGUCUAUGAUUAUUUCUUGAAAGAUGUUGUUUCAUGAGAGUCAAACCAGCUAGAAUUCUAGUUUUCUCUUGUUGGUUUAAGUGGGGGAAAUCUCUUGUAUUUAAGUAUAUGCUUUUACUGAGAAAAGUGGUAAGUUAGAUGAACAACUCAUAUUCCCAAUGUAAGUGGACCAAUUCCUCAUAGACUGUCAAAUAUUCUGAAAUGUGCAAUGGUCUAUAGAUGAUUACGAAGAAAGAUCUGCGAGCAUUAAGCCAUGAAUCCCGUCUCUGGGAGUGUGUGCAUUCAGAAAUAGCUUGAGCUUGACAGUUCUCAUCUCAUUUCUUUUGUGGGAUUCAUGAGGCAAGUGGUGUGUGACAAGGACUCCACUCAUAAAUAUAACUGUUUUUAUGUUCCACUGAAUCCCUGAAAAUGGCGGGGAGGGGGAGGGAAGGUGAAGCCAGGAGAACUAGUGACUGGUUCCGAAAAGCAAGGCUAGAUACUAGGCUUGUGAGGCCGGACACUUUAUUUAUUUUCUAUGCUGACUGUUAUCUUCAAGCAGCACAAAAUGGGCAUAUUAAAGUGAUGGAAUUAAUGUGAAAUAAAACAAAAAUACAAUGCCUACACUACAAAUCUAACACUUAAUUGGCAUGAAAACUCAAUAUAGAAUUAUGAGCUCCGGUUUUUCAGCAUUUUCAAAUUUGUCAGGUAAGACCUUUAGGAAAUGUAUUUGAAAGCUCAAACUAGAAAUUAGGUUAAAAUGCCAUUUUAUUGUGUAAGCUAUUGGGCAUUAUACAACAGUAAUCUAGGAUUUAUUUGGUAUUAAUAAUUUAGGUAUCAUAUUAGCUGAAUACUAUCCUCUAUUAUGUAACAUAAUAUACUGUUGGGUUAGUGUCAAUUUCUCAAACUCUCCCAGGCUGCUGUAAUGCAUGUCUGACCUAAUUUCUAUUUCUCUUGGAGGGGAAAAAAAAAUACACUACAGAAAUGUUGUAUUAAAAUUACUACCUUUCAAAUGGACUUUACCCUUGCAAUUUUGAGCUAUGCCAUAUUCAAACUAAUUUUGUGAGUGAUAUCUGCAUAUAUCUGUGUACAGUAUGAAAUGACUGACCCUGUAGAUGUGAUCUAUGUGAUAGAGUUCUACUUGUGCAAGUAGGUUAUAUAUAGACACUAAUGUGUGUGAUGAUACAGUGUCCUGUGUUUUUUAGUGCAAAACUAUAGAGUAAAAAUGUCCACAGAACUUCUACCUACAAGGCAGUCCUGUGCUAGAGCUGCAAUUAAGCGGGGCAAAAUUAAUCUGCAGUGCAGUGGAUUCUUGACCUUACAAUUUAUCCUAACAAUUAACGACCAAAAUGAGAAUUUUUGGUGUGUCUUCCUGACAUAAGAAACAUUGUUUAAAUGGAUUCCGCCUGCAGUUAUUUGUGUACUUGCUUGUUAGGAUGUGCAUUUGUGUGUGUGUGUGUGUAUGAGAGAGAGAGAUAAGAGAGGUCUCAGCCUGCUAGGUAGAACUUUUAUAGGCCUAUGAUGUUUUACUGUAACUUGGCAUCCCAUUGCGCUGGCCUCUUCUGGCAUUUACCAAUGACACGAACAAAGCAUCAGCCCCAUGUGACCGAAGUCCAGUGACACAAUCAACCAGAAUUCAUAUUUGAAUUGGACAGUGACACCAUCAACCAGAAUUCAUAUUUGCACAUCAAUGAAAAGUCACAAGUAGAAAGCACAGAACGUUAGAGCUGCAAGUAACCUGUGGUGGCUUCAUUUUAUAGAAGAGCCCACUGAGGCCUGCAGCUUGUCCCUCCCCAGCAAAAGGGGACCAGAACUUUGCAUUGCAGAAUCCUCGCUUUCCUCCCUAGACCUGUUGACAACUCUCUGUGGCUCUGAUUGUUUCCAGGGUUGUUGAACACCCUUGUUAACUAUCGCUUUAAGGAUUUUUGCAGGUUUAUGUAUUCAUUUUAGUUAGCAUCUACCUCUCUGGGAAAGGAGGGUUGACUUAGGGAUGGUUAUAGACAUUGAAAGAAAACUAUCACUGUGUGGUCUGAAUUUAAAAAAUUGCAAAACACUGGUGUCCACACCCUCCCCCCUUUAUGUGUAAAGGACAAUGAGUGUUGUGUAAAUAGUAAUCUAUAAGAAGCAUGAAUUUUUAUCUUUAUUAAUGAUCUUGGCAAAAGCAAGAGAAUGCUUACUGUGUUAUUUAGAGCCGAGUAUGCUACCAAAAAGCAUUGUCUUUGGAAAAUUUUUGUGUAAUGACCUGGGGCAUAAGCCAUUGUGAUGAAAAAGCAAAUUGGUUUCAGUUCUAGUCAUACUUAGUGAUCAAAAAGCUCUAAGGUGUUUUCUUUAAAAAUAUAAUUAAGUUUAAUGUUGUGCGUGGCUUACAGAGUGGGUCCCUUGAAGGUCAUACCACCUGCUGGUACAGUCCAUAGAAUCUUGUAGGUCAGUACUGUUCAAUCAACUUUCUGUGAUGAUGGAGAUAUUCUAUUAACCUGCACUGUCCACUGCAGUAGCCACUAGCCACAUUGGCUAUCAAGCAGUUCGAGGGGUUAGUAUGAGGAAGGAACUAGAUUUUAAAUUGUAUUUAAAGUUAAGUACCCCAUGUGGCUAGUGGCUACUGUGUUGUAAGACUCAGUCUGAAUGGUUUGCAUGAGGAUCUAGCAUCAAGGUAUUUAAUGGAGUAACAGCAAGGCCAAGAAGGGAGUUUGUAGGCUAAGUAACAAGCAGCUGGCAAAAAGAAAAAAAGAACAUGUCUUUCUGGCCUUAAAAAAUAUGUGAUCUCAAGUAUGACAGUAAAAAUUUAUUGAUUGCCCUUUGGGGUUACUUGCUAAUGCACUCUGGGCCAAGGAAUGAUCAGUGAAGCUUACAGCGUGCUUUAUUAAGCCCCCUUUCUGGAAUCAUUAGCUGCAUGUGAAUCUGUUGUCUAAAAAUAGUAGUUAGAAAGUAGCUGUAAAAUGUUUGACUUGCAAGCUAUGCAUGAUCUGUUCUGUGAAUUGUGUUUGGGAUCUUGUGGCCAAAAAGUAAAUGUUACAGAAAAAAAAAAAAAAAAGCUGAAUGAAAUCCCUGUUCACUUCCAAAUAUCUUACCCUAACAUCAUUGCUGUGAAACAUUAAGAGCAAGCAUGUUUUGCGGGGUUCAGAGUGUUUUUUAUACGUCCUUGAGGCCUGCCAGCUUGUCAUUCUCUUUGGUGUGGGCAUAUGUGGGCAUCAUUUUUCAGAUGCCAGACUGAAACGUUGGUACUAUUUUUAGAGUCAGGAUUGUUUUUAGUCUCUCUCCUUUUUAAUUUUAGUUAUCACUAAAAGAUUUGAGGCUUUGCACAAAAACAUUUUUUUCAAACAGUGGAGAACAUUGCCCAUGAAAUUUAAAAACUUGAAGGUUACUAAAGCUACUAGAAUUACUUUUUCAGCAACAAAGCAGAGAAUUCAGAUAUAUUUUCAUGUAACUUUCAGACUCUUGCAGGUAAUCUGGUAUUUAUUCCAGCCUAGAUUUUGAUUUGUAGAGUUCCCAUCCCCUUAUCUGAAAACUUGUCCUGUGUCAAAAUCGGUUAUUCUGCUUUUCAUUGUUUUCCAAAUGGAAUGUAAACCCAAUGCUUUUCCUUCCAUUUAGCAGAAUUGGGGUUGAUUUUUUUUUUCUCUUGAGACUCAUCAGUGGGGUAAGACUGUUCUUUUUAGCUUGUCUUUAAAAAUAAUUUGAAAAGUUUUGCCAAAAUGACAGUUUUUCUUUAGAUGUAAAAGGAAGUGAGUGGUCCAAAGAUUAGUGUUAUGAGAAGAGUGAUAUGCAAAAGACUUCCAUUUCUAUCUUCCCUCAGAAAAGUGAUGCUACCACCAAGUCAGCAUUUUGUUUCCUCGCAAGAAGUGUCCAUCAGUAGAUCUGUCAUCCUUGACCUAGAUAGAGAGGCUGCUGCUCGACAUUUCCAUCAUUCUCAGUAGAUUGUCACCCACAAGGUAGUUCUUAUCGAAACAAACUCUAGAGAAGAGUGAAAUAGUCCCAUGAUUCUCUAAGUAUUUUGAAAGUAAUAGUCUAUUUCACAAGCAAUGAUGAUCAGUUGCUGGAUUUUGUUCCACAUGAAACAUUUCUAAAAAAUAAAUGGAAAUUAAAGCCAUUGAUUUUU